CAGUACUUUGCGUGAAUUUUGAGCUUUGUUGAUCCUCCCUCGGACCUGGAGCCUUGUUUGUACCUCUAUGCUACCUGACUUGAUUUCAGCCCACAGAGCUUUGGAUAAGACACUUUUAAGACUUCAGUGUAAGAGAACUUCAGAGCAGAAGCUAGGCACUGAGCUAUAAGGAGAAGGCGAUGUCUGGAUCGAUCCCGUUCUACCAGAAGCACCACCGUCACUAUGACCGUGCCUACCGUAGCCGGGAGGCGGAGUCCACAAUCAGCCAAUACCAGCAGAGCUCCAGUGCUUACUCCGCCCACAGAACCAACACAAAAGGCAUCAGAGAUUCCACCUUUACCUCUCUGGAUGGGAUGGGGGAGAGAUCCAAUCCCACCUACCUGGCUGUGGACAAAGGGAACCAGAUUAUAGGCUAUGUGGUGCCCAUCUUCAGGGGAAGUCAAGAGUUUGCGAGUGGUCUGUCAGACACUGAAGAGGCUCGGGCUAAACAGAGUGCUGGUUACCUGGCGCGCAGGGACCUCUUCACCAGUGGGGUGGAGAUGGAACGCGUGGAACACAAGUCUCGCAGAACCGUCAUGAGGGAGUCCGCAGAGCGCAUUUCCCUCACCAAGAGGAUUCAUGACAACGAAGAGUACCACAAGCGCCUGAACGAGGAUCACCUGAUGCGUUCCCCAGAGUUUGUGAUCAAGCCCCGCUCGCACACUGUGUGGGAAAAACAGUGUGUGCGGCUACACUGCACGGUUUCAGGAUGGCCUGAGCCCCGGAUUGUGUGGUACAAGAACAAUGUUACCAUUGACCCAAUGGCUCAUCCCGGGAAGUACAAACUAGUGAGCAGCUACAAUGUCCACUCUCUGGAGAUUAACAAAUGUGACUUUGAUGACACUGCCCAGUAUCGUGUGUCUGCCAUGAACAGCAAGGGGGAGCUUUCAGCUUUUGCCUCUGUCGUGGUCAAACGAUUCAAAGGGGAAGUUGAUGAGUCUCUCCCAGCUCCCAGACUCUAUAAGAAAUGGUCCGGCUCUGAAGUGCCCUGCCUGGAGUAUGGAUUGACUUUCGAAACACAUAUUGUAGAGAAGUUUGGUGUGUCUUUUGGACGUGAGGGUGAGACAAUGAGUCUGGGCUGCUCUGUUAUCAUCUACCCAUCAUUGCAACGCUUCCAGCCUGAGAUUGAGUGGUACAGAGAUGAUAAGUUGCUGGUGCCAUCUAAGUGGGUUCAGAUGCACUGGAGUGGGGACAGAGCUACUCUUACACUCACACACCUCAAUAAAGAAGACGAGGGGCUUUACACUCUCCGAGUCAUCACAAAGUCUGGCUAUGAGACACACUCAGCCUAUGUCUUUGUCCGAGAUACUGACGCAGAGGUUGCAGGGGCUCCUGGUGCUCCCCUGGAUGUGUUUUGUCAAGAAGCUAAUAAAGAUUAUGUCAUUGUUACAUGGAAACAGCCUGCUGUGGAUGGAGGCAGCUCCAUUCUGGGAUACUUUGUAGACAGGUGUGAAGUUGGCACAUCUCACUGGAUUCAGUGCAAUGAUACUCCAAUCAAGUUUGCCCGUUUUCCAGUUACUGGACUCGUUGAAGGCCGCAGCUAUAUUUUCCGUGUGCGUGCAGUGAAUAAGUGUGGCAUGAGUCAUCCUUCUCGAGUGUCUGAACCCGUGGCGGCCAUGGAUCCUGCUGACCGUGCUCGCAAAGGAGCCUCUGCACCUUGGACUGGCCAGAUCAUUGUUACUGAGGAAGAGCCUGUAGAGGGUGUGGUUCCUGGCAAACCUCGUGACCUCACAGUUAUUGAGGCCACCAAGAACUAUGUGGUUCUGAGCUGGAAGCCGCCAGGCGACAAGGGAUAUGAGGGUGUCAUGUACUAUGUUGAGAAGUGUGUGUCUGGCACAGACAGCUGGCAACGUGUGAACACAGAGCUUCCAGUAAAGUCUCCACGCUUUGCUUUAUUUGACUUGUCUGAGGGGAAAUCUUACUGCUUCCGUGUCCGCUGCUGUAACUCUGCUGGCGUCGGUGAACCUUCAGACCCCACAGAGGCCAUUCAAGUGGGAGAUAAACUGGAUAUUCCGUCUGCCCCAGGCCGGGUAGUGCCAACCCGAAACACAGACACAUCUGUCGUUGUGUCAUGGGAGGCAUCACGGGAGGCUAAAGAGCUGGUGGGCUACUACAUUGAGACUAGUGUUUCUGGAAGCAAUGCUUGGGACCCCUGCAACAAUAAGCCUGUCAAAGCCACCAGAUUUGUGUGUCAUGGCUUGACAACAGGUGAAAAGUAUGUUUUCCGUGUGAGGGCGGUUAACGCAGCCGGAAUCAGUGAGUUCUCACAGGAGUCUGAGUCCAUCGAAGUUAAAGCUGCUAUUGCCUCCCCUGCUCCACCCUAUGGCAUUUCCGUGUUGGAGAGUGUAAGGGAUUCUAUGGUGCUGGCCUGGAAGCAGCCAACAUUCAUUGGUGGUGCUGACAUCACUGGGUACUUUGUGGAUUAUCGUGAGGUCAUCAGUGGAGUACCUGGAAAAUGGCAUGAGGCUAACAUUAAGGCAGUCAGUGAGAGAGCCUACAGGGUCUCUGAUCUAAAGGAGAACAUGUUCUACCAGUUCCAGGUUCGUGCUGCAAACAUGGCUGGUGUUGGCAUCCCAUCUCUGCCUAGUCAGACCUUUAAAUGUGAAGAGUGGACCAUUGCUGUGCCAGGUCCCCCACAUGACCUUCAAGUCCUGGAAGUACGUAAGGACUCUUUGGUGUUGCUCUGGAAACCACCAGUGUACCAGGGUCGUGAUGCGGUCAAUGGCUAUUACAUUGAUAUCAAGGAGGCUGAUGCAGAUUUUGAGAAAUGGAGAGGAGUCAAUGAGAAAGCUACAAGCAAGACAUACAUGAAGAUUAAGGACCUGAAAGAGGGAGUGUCUUAUGUUUUCCGUGUACGAGCUCAGAACAAAGCUGGUGUGGGCAAAGCAUCUGAAGAAACAGAGCCAGUGUUGGCUGAGACUAAACCAGGAACUAUGGAGUUGGUUGUGGAUGUUGAUGAUGAAGGUGUGAUUUCAAUGAACUUCGAAUGUCAUAAUCUCACUGCUGAAUCCAAGUUCAUCUGGUCCAAGAACUAUGAGGAGAUGAAAGACUCUAACCGUUUGACCAUGGAGACCAAGGGCAACAAGUCCAAAGCGAUCUUUAACUCUCCUUCUGAGGAGGACCUGGGUAUCUACUCCUGUGCUGUUACUCACACUGAUGGAGUCUCUGCCAGCUACACCCUGACUGAGGAGGGCCUGAAGGAGCUGCUGAAGAUCAGUCAUGACCACAAAUUCCCCAUUAUUCCUCUGAAAUCAGAGUUAGGUGUGCAGUUGUUAGAGAAAGGUAGGGUUCGUUUCUGGCUGCAGGCUGAGAAGAUUUCUGCUAACGGCAAAGUUGAAUAUGUUUUCAAUGACAACCUGAUCUCUCAGGGGGAGAAAUAUAAGAUGAACUUUGAUAAGAAUACUGGUAUCAUUGAGAUGUUUAUGGAGUCACUGGGGAAAGAGGAUGAAGGAACGUACACUUUCCAACUCCAGGAUGGCAAAGCCACCAACCAGUCCAGCCUGGUACUUAUAGGAGAAGUUUUCAAACAAUUGCAAAAAGAAUCCGAGUUCCAGAGGAAAGAAUGGCACAGGAAACAAGGUCCUCAUUUUGUGGAGUAUCUAAGUUACGAGGUCACACCCGAGUGCAUUGUGAGACUGAAGUGCAAGGUGGGUAACAUGAAGAAGGACUCUGUAGCAUUGUGGUAUAAGGAUGGAAGAGAGAUAAAGGCCAGUGAGAAACUGGAUUUCUCUGAGGGAGUGCUGACGCUGGAGAUUACUAAGAUCUCUAAGAAGGAUGCGGGUGUGUAUGAGGUGAUUGUAAAGGAUGACAGAGGCCAAGACAAAUCCACACUUAACCUGACUGACCAAGGAUUCAAGGACCUGAUGAACCAAGUUUUCAGUGUUAUUGCAAACUCUUCCACUCUACUGAAGAUCCAGAGCACUGAGGAGGGCAUCCGCCUGUACACAUUCGUCAAUUAUUACAAUGAUGAACUGCUCGUCACCUGGCAACACAAGGAUUCUGCCAUUGCCUUUACUGAUCGAAUUAAGAGUGGUGUGGUGGGUGAGCAGUUGUGGCUGCAGAUCAGUGAACCAACAGAGAAAGACAAGGGCAAGUAUGCCAUCGAGUUCUUUGAUGGGAAAGGAGGACUGAAGAGGACAAUAGAGCUGGCUGGACAAGCAUAUGAUGAUGCUUAUGCAGAAUUCCAGCGACUGAAAGCUGCUGCCAUUGCAGAACGAAAUCGGGCUCGUGUGGCAGGCGGUUUGCCUGAUGUAGUAACCAUCCAGGAGGGCAAGGCCCUGAAUCUGACAUGUAAUAUCUCGGGAGACCCCGUGCCUGAGGUGACCUGGCUGAAGAACGAGAGAGAGAUGGUGUCUGACGACCACUAUGUCCUCAAGUUCGAGUCUGGCAAGUUUGCCAGCUUCACCAUCACCACCGUGAACACAAGUGACUCGGGAAAAUACAGCAUCUUGGUGAAGAACAAGUACGGCACAGAGAGCGGCGACUUCACCGUAAGUGUCUUCAUCCCUGACGACAUGCCUGUCAAGAAAAAGUAGAAAACAACAAACACAACUGGGAUUGCAAUAAAAAGCAAGAAAAUAUGUACAAGGGUUGAGACUAACAGAACCAGUUAAUAAAUGCCUUCUUAAAAGUGAAUUAUAAUAUUUUAACAUUAUACUAGCAAGCAUACAAAAAGCCUCCAUUACAGCCAGGUGGUCAGCUGUCUAGGGGUAUUUUCACUUUGGAGAGUGUUACAGAAUGGUGCUAAAAUAUGUUAUAGGUUGAAAAUGAAAAAUAAAAGAAACUCUUGGUCCAAUUGUUUUCCCAAACCUCCACAUUAGUCCCCCAGAAUGACAUGUAGAAAAACUGUUAGCAGUGCUUUAUAAUGCUUUAUUAUAUGUAUAAGGUUAAUAAUGCUUGGUAAAGUCAUGCUGUAUGGCUGAGGUUACCUUAAUCAAUAUUCAGUAUUUAGAAGUUCCCAUAAUCAGGAUUCUACAGCUAAUUACCAUGAAGUGCCCUCAUUAACUGAAUCUGGAACCUUUCCUAGUGGCAUCACUGAACUUCAGUCUCAAAAACCUUAUCUAUUGUGUGAUCUAACUCAGGACUAGAGCAGCACUUUAGUUUUAGUCAAUUAUUAUGUUGUGUGUGAAUUGAUUUAUUGUAAAAGACCUGCAACACUGAUGUGAGCAUGAAAGCUUAGGUAUGAAGAGAAAGUGAGCUCUCUGAAUAUAUUUAGUUAGGAAUACUUCUAUCAUAUGUCAUUGAAGUGUCAUGUCAUUAAUAAAUCACUGCAUGUUAAUUACGGUUACACAUCCUGACACGUUUGAGUGGAUAUAACAUCCUUUCCCGAGUCUGCAUCACAAACUUCACCUCUUCCUGGACACUGCAUAGAAAUUGUGAGAUCACGUAUCACUGUGUUAAUGUUUUGGCACCAUUUCUUGUGUCACUCCAAGAUGAUGACGUCGUUGUCCUGUUCCAAAUAAACAGAGUACAUAUUCCCUCACUUCCCUCUCUGUGUCUCUCAUUCACUUUGCUCUCCUCCACUUCUGUACUCAUCCACUUCACUCUCAUCCCUCACUCAUGCUCCUGCACCUGCUGUGGAUGAAGUUCCUUCCCAUGGAUCCCUGUGUUGUAU